AAGCAUACCUUGCGUACUGCAGUUGUAUGUGUCACAUCGUUCCUGCGAUUGCUGUAUUUUCUCCGUGAUUUCGCACCGUAAAUUUGACUGACCAGAAAGACACAUGGCCCCUCGCCAACUAGCCCGUUCCCCGCGUUUGCAGCCCAAGGGACAUAUGACAAAUCAAGUGAGACCUAGCUAUUACGUCGUUGUAGGAACAAUGGCGUUUGUGUGCUAUCUAAACUCUUUGAGUUGUGGUUUCGUUUUUGAUGACAUGUCAGCUGUGAGAGACAAUCGGGAUCUAAAGCCGGAAACACCGCUUCUUAGUCUCUUCUGGAAUGAUUUUUGGGGAACUCCUAUUCAUAAAGAACAUAGCCACAAGUCCUACAGACCUCUGUGUGUCCUAACAUUUAGGCUUAACUAUAUGUUAAGUGAAUUGGAACCUAUGAGUUACCAUUUAGUAAAUGUCAUUCUACAUAUUUCUGUCUGUUUUCUUUAUCUUAGGAUUACCCAUCUCUUCUUGUCAGAGAGUGCUAGCCUUGUUGCUUCCAUUCUUUUUGCUGUCCAUCCCAUUCACACUGAAGCAGUUACUGGAGUGGUGGGAAGGGCAGAGAUCCUGUCUUCUGUGUUCUUUCUUCUUGCUUUUUCUUCGUAUAUCAAAGCUACAAGAAAGCCACGGCACACGGAUUGGUCUCCACUUCUACAGUCUGUAAUUUUUGUGACAGUGGCUACACUUUCUAAGGAGCAAGGAAUAACAGUUGUGGGACUGUGUGGUGUAUAUGAAGUUUUUGUUGUGCAGAAGGUCAGACUUCUAGACCUUCUUUACAUUGGUCAGAAUUUAAUGGGUUCAAAGGCUCCACCUCCUGUAUGGCUCAGAGAAAUGAUGCUGCGAUUGACAGUUUUAUUUCUUAGUUCUCUUGGUCUUUUGGUUGGAAGAUUUCAAGUAAUGGGUGCCCAGUUACCAGUUUUUACUAGAUUUGACAACCCAGCAGCUGUAGUGGAUACUCCUGCCCGACAGCUUACCUACAAUUAUUUAUUGGCUGUUAAUACAUGGCUGGUUCUUUUUCCUUUCAACCUGUGUUGUGAUUGGACAAUGGGAACAAUACCACUUGUUGAAUCAUUUAUGGAUCCUCGUAACAUUGCCACUUUAGGGGUUUAUCUAGCCCUUGUAUUGUUAGUGUGGUCUGUGCUAUAUUCAGAUGAUGAACAUGCUGAGAUUCUUACUAUGGGUUUAGCCUUGCUGAUUCUACCAUUUCUUCCGGCUUCGAACUUGUUCUUUCCAGUAGGUUUUGUGGUAGCUGAACGAGUUCUUUACACUCCUAGCAUGGGGUUGUGUUUGCUGGUUGCAUAUGGAUGGCAUCUCUUAGUGGAAAGGAUAAGAUGGAAACCUUUAAUGUGGGCCAUGUUAACAUUGCUAGUGUUAUCUCACAGCCUGAAAACAAUUGUCCGAAACUUUGACUGGAAGAAUGAAUAUUCCAUAUUCAUGGCUGGCUUGAAGGUCAACCAACAAAAUGCCAAGCUUUAUAACAAUGUGGGACAUGCUUUAGAAGGAGAAGGAAAAUUUAAGGAAGCAUUAGAAUACUUUCUUCAAGCUGCUUGUGCCCAGAAAGAUGAUAUUGGAGCUCAUAUUAAUGUUGGAAGAACAUACAACAAUUUAGAAAUGUUUACUGAGGCAGAACAAGCUUUUAUGAAGGCAAAAGGACUACUUCCUCGUCCCAAAACUGGAGAACCUUACACAGUUCGAAUAGCCCCAAACCAUCUGAAUGUUUUUCUUAAUCUUGCUAAUCUGAUCUCUCGAAAUAAGAGCCGUCUGGAAGAAGCUGAUGCUCUUGGAGUGGUUUACUUGGAACAGAGGAAAGCUACUCAAGCAAUGGUAUACUUUAAUAAAGCACUUGAAAUUGAUCCAAACCAUGAGCAAGCCCUUAUGAAUUCAGCAGUGUUAAUACAAGAAAGUGGGAACAACAAACUAAGGCAUGUUGCUUAUGAAAGAUUACAACAUCUGUUAGAGAAAGGAAAGAGUAAUGAAAGAGUUUACUUCAACCUUGGAAUGCUAGCAAUGGAUGAAAAACAUGUACCUGAGGCAGAAACAUGGUUUAAGAAUGCUAUUCAGAUACGAGAAGAUUUCCGCAGUGCUCUCUUCAAUCUUGCAUUACUGUUAUCAGAUUCACAACGUCCACUUGAAGCUGUGCCUUUUCUUAAACAAUUAUUGAAGCACCAUCCUGAUCAUGUGAAGGGACUAAUCCUACUAGGAGAUAUUUACAUCAACCAUAUGAAAGACUUGGAAGCAGCAGAGAAAUGUUACACCAAAAUCCUUCAGAUGGAUCCAAACAAUGUCCAGGCUAAACACAAUCUGUGUGUGGUGUACGUGGAACGUGGACAACUCACAGUAGGUGAGCAUUGUUUAAUACAGGCUGCUAGCCUUGCUCCAAAAGAAGAAUACAUUCAGCGUCACCUUAAAAUUGUUCGUGCACGGCUACAAAAAAUUCAGUCAAAAAAGGAAGACAGUACUUCAAAAAAUAAAGUGAAGUCCUUGAGAAAACUUCAAGACCCAACAAUUUCAGAAAGUUCCAUCAAUAAAAAACCUGUGAGUGCUGAAGCAUAUCAUUCUGAUACCGCAAGUCACAUCACUUCUGAGUCAUAAAUUGUUCCUAAAUAUAACUGGUGUUGUGGUUUGGUAACAUCAAGAGUCACCUGUAAAUAAUAAUAAGAAAAAAAAACAGUAAUAUAUGUCACAUUGAAGAAAAGCUAGUUUUAUGAAAGAGAUUUAUUUGCUGCCCCCUGGGUAGUUUAUUUUGUGUAUACUAAUGUAUUAUGAUAGAAGGCAUGUACGAAUUGGUUAAGCCAUAAUUGUAGCUUCCAGUUUGUGACAUGUCAGAUAAAAACAAAAAGGUAAUCUGAAAAGUUUGAUCAUAAUGUGUUGUAUAUCCUUCUGGUCAAAGAUGAAGGAUUGUGAUCCACAUCUCAAAUCCCCAUUAAAAUUUUAUAUUCUCUAUGACUCCUUGAUAAGAAAAGUAUGAUUUAAUUGCAAAAUGUUACCUUUUUAUUGACCUGCACAUGAAACUGAUAAAGUGGAAAUAGAUCUCCAUGCGUCUCAAUUCAGUUUUAGCAUUGAACUGUUGUAGAAAGCAUUGUCUGUUUUUAAAAGUAGGUUUUCAGAUUUAAUUUUGUCAGUGUAAAAGCAGAAAUAAGCAGUUUUCAGUUUCAUUUAAAUAAAUGAAGUCUGGAAAAUACCCCAAAUAUGAAUCACAAAGAUAAUAAAGUAAAUCUUGAUUUUAUAAUUACAUUAAUAACACUGGAGUUAUAGAACAUUUUGAAUUGUCCCCACAAUCGAGAUUAUAAUACAAAUUAACAUCAAUCCUGUGACAAUGUUUACAUGACUAGAAUGAAUUUAAACUUCAAUAAACUCUGAAUGAUAAAUAGUGAGAAAUGAAAUGUUACUACUGAUUUAAACAGUAAAAGAGUAAAAAAAGUUAGCUUCAGAAACUUGUUUUCAAUUAUUUUUUCACGUCUGUGAAAGACGGUUGAAAAUCAAAUGUUGCGAGUUUUAUACAUCUGAGCUAGUAUAACUGACCAACAGGAAACACACUGUUUAAAAGUACUUCAAUAAUUACAGUAUUCAAAAGAAACAUGUCAAAUGUAUAAAAAAUUCCGAACUUCUAAAAAAAAUCAGGUUAGAAAAUGUUAACUACUUCACUCACAAUCGUUAUAUUUCUCUCAGUUUACGUGAACAACAAGUACACGUAUUUGUAUUAACAUGUAUUUAUAGAGAACAUCAUGUAGUAAUUUUAUAUGCAUUGUAAACCAAUCGAAACUUGAAUGUUUUAAAUGAAACAUGCCUAAAAUAGCAUAUACGAUAUAGUUUAGACGAAUGUUUUAUUUGGAUUUUGGUAAGAAAAUUAAAUUCUUAAAAAAUAUUGUCAACUUCUUUAUGUUGUAUAUUCCACAACCCCGUUAGUAUUGAUUUAUCUUCUCUUUUUUUUUCUCCCUAAAAAGCAAAAUUGUAAUAAUGUAUUUCCUGUAUGUUAUAAAACUGAAAACGUAUUGCUGUGUCAAUGGUGUAGUUCGUCAGUAAACCUUUUCGUCCUUCAACUCAAUUGUGGUUCAAAUUCACCGAAACUACAGAUCUCAGUGUUUUAUUCAUGUCAUAGAAGUGAAUGUUUUACGUUUAUCCAUUAUAACUUUAGAAGAUAACCGUAGUACUUUGAAUAUCGCAGAAGAAAUGACCGAAGACGCUGUGAUCAUUAAGCUGAGAUCACCUUUUAAGAGGUGUAAAUGUUACCGUGAUGAACUUACUUGCAAAUGUUUUGUACACAUUUCUAAAAUAAGAACAAAAUUUUAUGAAGUAGCUCAUAUUACAAGAAUGUUAAUGCAUGUGUACGAGUAAUCUGUUAUAUAUUUUACUUAAUAUUAUGUACAUGGUUUCCUGUAGUAAGAAUGUGUGGUUUCUAUUAACGGUUUUGUCUCAGUACCUCAGGAAAAAACAAUUGAACUAUGUGCAUAAACCCGUAUUUUAUUUAAUCGUUGUCUUAAAUAUUAUAACUUGAAAAAAUAUUUAUGCU